AUGCACCCACAACUAGAUAAGAACAGAUUCGACACAUGUGAAAAACUAAUGGAUGCAUUAGAAGAAUGCCACCGACAAGAAUUUCUUAAACAAUGUCUUGGUUUAUGCAAUUUUGAAAAGGAACAGUUGAGUCAAUGUUUACAUUACACUAGAGUCAAUGAUGCGAAGGAUCGUAUUAGAAAAAGCAGAGAAAAACAAGCCCAGAUGAAGUUGAAGCAGAAGCAGAGAGAGGAGGAGGAGUAUGGUAAAAAUGGAUAUUUAAAGAAAGUUAUCGAGUUGGAGAUGCAAAAGAAGUAA